AGCUGAGAUACCCCGCCGGUGUGCCGUACAAGCGGGUGGAGUCGCAGCUGCUGUCCUCCGCACACAGGGCGGUGGAAGGCGCCAUGAACGCCGCCCUGGACGACCGAAGCCCUAAAGCCCGCGCCGCUGCCGCAGCUGCCGCAGCUGCCGUCUUGGCGCCGCCUAAUCGCGGUGGCCGCUGGCUUGGCGCCACGGCCCAAGUAGAUUGCCUGCGCGGCUGCAUCGAGGUGGUCCUCCGGCUGCAGUACACGGGAGCCGAUCUGGACGAUGAAACGCUUUCCCGCGGUCUCUCAGCCCUGGAGCGGGAGCUGCAGCAGCAGGUGGUAACAACCGGACCGCCUGCUGCGGCGGCGGCAGCGCCUGCAGCACCAGCCGCCUUCGUCGAAGCACCGGAAGCACCUGCAGAUCCCGCCGAGCCCGCAGAGGACCCAGCAGUAGCUGAAAGGCAGGCAGCAGCGGCGGCGGGCCCGGUUGCGGAGGAGGAGGGCGAGCCCCUCCUGGUGGCGCUGCUGCAGCCCGGGGUGCGGGCGGUGCCGCUGGUGGCGCACAUGCAGCCGCCCGUACUGGCGGUAAUGCGGGGCGGUGAGGGCGCAGCCAGCCAACCCGCCGAGCAGCAUGCGGCCGGCAGCAGCAUCUCCCGUCGGGUUCGCUUGGAGCUGUUCCUGGACACUGCAGGGGGAGGAGUCACAGACGCCGCUGCAGGCGGUCCGGAUGCGGGCGGCAGUGAAGCGGGAGGCGGUGACAG